AUGGCGAGGUGCCCUGGGUGGGGGAAGCUGCCGCGGUCGCCUGCGCAUCCUUCGCCAUCCCCACACGUCGAUGACGACGACGUCGUCGGCAUCGGCGCCUCCGCUGGCGGGCGCAGAAGCAUCGCCUAUUGCCGCCUCCCCGAGCAGCUUCUCCGCCUCUCCGUCCUCAAAUUGGAUGGCUCUUCCUACGAGGUGGAAGUCGCAAGGACAGCUUCCGUGGCGGAGCUGAAGAUGGAAAUCGAGGACAUCUUCAGCGAGUCCCCCGACGACGGAGGUUGCAGCAUUUCUUGGUCUCAUGUGUGGGGUCAGUUCUGCUUAUGCUACAAGGAGCAUAAAUUGAUUGAUGAUGGAGCGUCUCUUCGCACUUUCGGAAUCAGAGAUGGAGAUCAGCUUCAUUUCAUAAGACAUCUUUCACCGAACCAGAAGACUAACCGGAGGAGACUCAAAAAUCGACGAACAGAGACCGUAGAGGAGAACGGCAAGGGUACAUACAAGCAACACAUCAGACGCCGCGGAUAUGUGGAUGAACAGCGUCAGGACCAUGACCAGAGAGAUUCUAGUGCCCCACACACACAACCCAAGUUGGGUCGUUUCUUCCGACGAUGGUGCUCUACACCGAGUCCUGGUAAGACAAAACCAGAGAGACAGAGUAAAGUUAUCGGCAAAAGCAAAAAGAUUUGCUGGGCAAUAUGUAGGUAAUCCAGCAAUACCAGUUGU